UUUCUCUAUUUUCAAUUCUAUUCAAUUUUUUUCUCUAUUUGUCAAAUUGAUGACGUAUGUACAUAUCUUCAUGCAUAUUACAUUAAUCUCUCUCUUGCGUGCGCGCGCUCACACACAUUCAUUCGCUCACUCAUAAUGUACAAUGUAAUAAAUUUCUGAGGAAAAAUCUUUACGAUAGAUACAUGUUCUUCGUUAUAUCGUUAUUGCGUUAGCAAUAAAUACAUGAUAUUGGAAAGGCUGGCAAGAUCUGGCCUUCUAGCUUUCUGGUGGGGAUACAUUUAGCAACAACGUUUCAGCUCUUACCAGUCUUCAUAAUACUGCUGUUGCGGCUUGAUGAAAAUAGUGUUAUCAAAAAUGCAGUAUCUGAUAUCAGGAGUUUUUCUCUGUGCUGUCGGUUUCUCAUUAGGGGAUGUGGAAUCUGAAUUUAAGAAGGCGAAAAUUGAGCCUGAUAUCAUAGACAAAGCACCAAUCGAAAAGAUUGAAGUAAAAUAUGGUAAGAAAGUAGUCGAUCUGGGAACCGAGCUGACGCCGACUGAAACCCAUGAAAUACCAGAAAUUCACUACAAGCACGAAGGCGGAGUUCUAUACACGCUUGUUUUAACGGAUCCUGAUGUACCAAGGAGAGGAGGAUACAAUCGAGAGUUUCGACAUUGGCUCGUUGGAAAUAUACCAGAAGAGAACGUAGCUAAAGGCGAAAUUCUGGCGGAAUAUGUCGGUCCUGCACCACCGAAAAACACUGGCAAACAUCGCUAUGUAUUUCUUGUUUAUAAGCAAAAUCAAGGUGCAAUUACUUUUGACGAAAGAAGAUUGAGUACUUGGGAUGGAAGCCAACGUAAGAGGUUCUCCAUAAAGAAGUUUGCGGAAAAAUACAAUUUGGAAGGUCCGAUUGCUGGUAACUUUAUGGUAACAGAAUAUGAUGACAAUGUGCCUGCUUAUCACAAGCAUUUAAAUCUUUAAUUAAUGGGCAUUAAAAUCUUGUGUUAGAUAAUCUAAUGAACAUAAAUUUUAUAUAUAGUUUUAAUACUCCAUAAUAUAAACUAUUACUCAUAUAUAUAUUCUACUAAAAUUAUAUAGAAAAUACCGCAAAUUUAUGCCAUUAUUUAAUUUACGAAAAAAUUAUGAUAAAAUUAUAACGGGCUAAUAAUAAUUAGCCUGUUUUAAUUUAAUUUUUAUGAAAUUUCUCUUUGAUAAAUACAGCCAUGCAUUUAUCAGUAGAUAGAUAAAAACCGCGAACGCGGAUUCUAUUUACUUUCGUUGCUGUCGUUUUAUUGUUAUAAAUAUAAAAGGUACAUGAGACAUUCAUUACGUUCGUAUCCCCGAGGUCGUUACAUGAUGUUACGUUACAGCGUUUUUGAGGGCGUUAUCACUAAUAAUACGUGUGUGAAUCCUUAAUUUUACGAGCUUAAUCUCUAUGAUUAUUAAAUAUCUGCACUUUAGUAUUACGUUAUACACAUUGACUAGAAUAUAAUGAGCGCAAGUCGUAAUUAAAAUCACAAACCUGAUUAACGUUCUUGUCGAGCAUAAUAUUAAAAAGAGUGGAUAGAAGCUAAGUCGGGAAGCGAAACAUUAAUUCCAUUAUCAAGUUACAGAGGUACAGGGUGCAGCCUUUUUUCAUUUAUAUGUCGUCUCUACGGUGACAUGGAAAUUAUAUACGUACAUGUUGCCGCGUUUCGGCUGUCUUAUAGGCCUUUAAAAUAUCGAUAAUAUAUAUUUGAGCCUAAUGAAA